AUGUAUAGAAAUGCAUUUACUCCAGAACAAGUGAAUUAUUUAGAGAGUUUAUUUAAAAAAAAUCCAUACAUUGAAUCUCCAAAACGGAAAGAAGUCGCAUAUGUUUUGAAUGUACCCGAUCAUGUCGUGAGAACUUGGUUUCAAAAUCGAAGAUCGAAAGAAAAGAAAAAAACAGACGAAGUAAAGUAUAAACCAGACAUGUUCCACCAAACUAAUCGAAAUAUUAUAGAAUUUAGUAACGAAACGUAUAAUGAUAUGCCAGAAAUACUAUCGGCUAACGAUUAUAAAUUUGGAUUAUUGGACCAUUGCAAGCCACAUACGUCAUCUGAAGAUUUCACAAACAAAACAGUAGAUCAUGAUCCAAAAGCAACGAAAGAAUUGAUUGAGCCAAAAUUAUCCCCAAAACAAAACCCAUUAUAUAUCGCUACGUCACCAGUUUUGAAUAAAAGCCCUAAUACUAUACAUAAGCCAGCAGCCGAGUUUUCCUUUGAUUUAUACAAAAAAUAUAUGAAUGACUUUAUUGUCAGUAGCCAACAGCCAAAAAAGUCAGACUCUGGAGAUACGACUUCUAAAUUGUCAAUUAAAGAAGAGAAGUGUGAGGAUUGUGAAUAUUCAUCUGAAAAUGUUCCUGAAGAGUUUUGUACUAAAAUCAAGUCAGAACCAGAAUGCGAUAAUAGACAAAGAAAUACUGUGCCUUCAAAUAGUGUUGAAUUACCACCAUUAUUUGUUGACCACAAUCCAAUGAUUUGGAAUCCAACAAAUGUAAUGCCAAUGACGCAGCCUGGUCCUUCUACAGCUUCGGCAACCAGCAAUCUUCCAUCAACUUCAUCUGCCCCUCAAGAAAAAUCAAUACCGAAGAGAACUUGUAACUGCUAUAGGCAUGUUGAAUAA